CGGUUACUAAAAAACGUCAGUCCUUUUGUUUUCUUCUAAAAAAAACUUCCAUCUUUUAUUUCUUCUCUGUUGUAUAUAAAAACCCAACUUUCAAGAAUCAAUACAAUAAUCCCCAUGUUGAAGUCUUGUAGAUUUGUAUUGUUUAUUAAUUGAUUCUUUCUUUGUUUUAUUACUCCUCAUUGCUUGCCUUGUAAUUCAAAAUCAUCUUGGUAAAAUUUGGGAGAUCCUUGGAUGAAAUCUGGUCAGAUCUUGCUUUCUGGGUUGUGGAUUUUGGUGGGUCUUAUAUUGCAAUAGCAAGUUCAUUUUCUCUUUUCUUCUCAUCACACCGAGAAAGAAAGAAAGAAAGUGAGAGAAACAAACAGAAAAUUUCUUAUUUUUCCUUCCUGUUUUCUUGGAUCUUGAAUUGGAGCAAUGGGAUUGCCCACAGAGUCACAGUUUCAUGUCUUAGCUGUUGAUGAUAGCCUCAUAGACAGAAAACUCAUUGAGAGGCUCCUCAAGACCUCAUCAUUUCAAGUUACCACAGUGGAUUCUGGUAGCAAGGCUUUACAAUUUCUGGGUUUGAAUGAAGAUGAGCAGAGCAACCCAGAUCAACCCUCUGUUUCUCCAAACAAUCAUCAGGUAGUGGAAGUGAAUCUGAUUAUUACAGAUUACUGUAUGCCUGGAAUGACAGGCUAUGAUUUGCUCAAGAAAAUUAAGGAAUCUUCAUCUCUGAGAAAUAUACCGGUAGUGAUUAUGUCAUCUGAGAAUGUUCCUUCAAGAAUAAACAGAUGCUUAGAAGAAGGAGCAGAGGAAUUUUUUCUCAAACCAGUGAGAUUAUCUGAUGUAAAUAAGCUUAAACCUCAUAUGAUGAAAACCAAACAUUUGAAUCAUCAAAAGCAAGAAAAUCCAGAUCAAGAAAAUCAAGAAAACCAAGAAGCAGCAAAAACACAAGAGCUUCAACCGCAACAACAAUCCAACAACAAUAACAAGAGGAAAGCUAUGGAAGAAGGGCUUUCACCAGAUAAAACAAGACCAAGAUUCAAUGGCAUCACUACUGUGAUCUGAUUAAUCCUUGCAAAUAAUUUUUUUCUCUUUUUCUUUCUCUUUAAUUUGAAAAUUAAAUUCUCUUAACCUUUUUUUUUUCUUCUCAGUUUUAUGGGUUUUGGUACCUUAGUGUUGCUUAAUACAAGAUCAAGAAGAUUGCAGAGAGAGAGAGAGAGAUUCAUCAUUAUGAUGAUGAGAGACCAGUACACAUUUUACAUGAACAUAUUUCAUUCCAAUUUUGUCUU